AUGAGUAGAAUCAGGAUAUACUGUUAUAUUACUGUCACUAGUUUCAGUCCUACAGUUAAAUUAGAACUUCACAUAUGUGAGAAAAUUGCUCAAUAUGGUGAAUGUUCGACAAAUAGUGCAUGUGGUUGUUUUCAUAGGAUAGGUACAAAUGAGGGCACAGACAUUUGUGGUUUUCUCUGGCCAACAUGUUCUCAACUUGUACCAUGUAACUCUUCAGACAAUUCAUGUACUCAAUCGAAUACGAUUUAUGUUCCACAUCAUCAAUGUUAUCCAAUUGCAAUGAUUGAUCAAAAAAUGUGUCCACCAAUGAUAAUUUCUAAUACCUGUGGAAAUAAUGGGGAAUGUAUUGGUCCUGUUACUCCAGCUCCAAUAUCAAAUUUACCGGCCAUACUUGUUCCUACAUGUACCAUUGGUGGGACAUUUCUCCUAUGUUUUUGUCUGCCUGUUGCUUGUUGUAUUUUCAUUAAACGACAUCCACGGUUUUCUACUGUUAUUAGGAGGAAUCAAAGAGUAGUAUAUCCAAAUGGACAACAAUCUAGAGGAGAAUCAACAGUACUUUUUGAUGUUCAAUCUAAUUAUAAUUCCAAUACUUCAACUCCAUUUUUACCAAAUUCUGAUAGACCUGAAGCACCACAACCACCACCACCUUAUGAAUUUGCAAAUCCUAUUUCUGUCUUCCAUUGUCCAUCAGAACCGCCACCACCACCAUAUGAAAUAGCAACGAUUGAACAGACGAUAAUAUAA